AUGUUUUCUACGAAGCAAAUCGGGGUGGCUGUUGCCAUUGUGACCCUGUGUGGGUUUAGUCAUGCUGAGGGAAAUAUCACUUCCGAUACUCACUUCUAUGGCCAGUCUGAGCCAGUGUACCCUUCGCCGGCCGGAACAGGAUCUGGUGAUUGGGCCACGGCGUACAAGAAGGCCGAAGCUAUGGUAUCUAGGAUGACCUUGGAGGAGAAGAACAACCUUACAUACGGAAUCGAUGUUACUACCAAUGGCUGCUCAGGAAAUAUCCCUGCGAUUCCUCGUCUCGGAUUUACUGGCAUGUGUCUCCAGGAUGCAGGCAACGGGGUCCGCUACGCAGAUUUCGUGAACAGUUAUCCAAGUGGUCUCCAUGUGGGUGCUAGUUGGAAUAAGUCUCUUGCCCACGAACGUGGGUGGUACAUGGGGGGCGAAUUCAGGACGAAAGGCGUCCAAGUGGCCCUGGGACCUGUUGUCGCACCAUUGGGAAGAGUCACAACCGGCGGAAGAAACUGGGAAGGUGCUUCCACCGAUCCGUAUCUCAGUGGCGUGAUUGCGGCGUCGACUGUAGAGGGCAUACAGGGCCAAGGUGUGAUUUCCAGUGUCAAGCAUUUCAUCGGCAAUGAACAGGAAGCAUACCGCAACCCUUCCAUAAACUCCCAGAACGAAAGCAUCGCUUCCGUAUCUAGCAACAUCGACGAUAAGACAAUGCACGAGUUCAAGAUUCUUAACGGGCUGCUUAAGACCGAGCUUGGGUUCAACGGGUUUGUUGUCACUGAUUGGUUUGCACAGCAUUCGGGUGUGGCGGCCGCUUUAGCCGGUCUUGACAUGGCUAUGCCAGAUGGCGAGUCCUUUUGGGGGAAUAAUUUUACUGAAGCCAUCGCAAACGGCAGCGUGCCGGUUUCCCGUCUCGACGAUAUGGCAACCCGGAUCAUCGCAACCUGGUACCAAAUGGGUCAAGAGGAGCGGAGUUAUCCAUCACCUGGAGUGGGCAUGCCCUACAAUAUCAGUCUCCCUCAUAAGAUCGUCAAUGCCCUCACUACAGGUGCUAAGCCUGUGCUCUUCGAAGGUGCUGUAGAAGGUCAUGUCUUGGUCAAGAACAAGAAUAAUGCUUUACCAUUUAGGUCGCCAAAGCUGAUCUCUGUGUUUGGAUAUGAUGCCAAAGCUCCUCCUCAGUACAUGCCUAACGGGCAGAGUAUCCUAGGCAAUCCCUGGGAAGUAGGCUAUGAGCCAGUUGUGUACCAGGGGAGUUGGGUAUUUGCCAGUGGCGCUAUCAACGAGCCAUACGAUUACCAAGUUGCUUAUAACGGUACUCUCACUGUCGGGGGUGGUUCUGGUGCCAAUUCUGGUCCAUAUAUCAGUGCUCCUCUCGAUGCCCUUCAGCAGCGCGCGUAUGAAGAUAACACUAUCGUUAUGUGGGAUACUACUAAUGACCCAAGCAUGAUGGGCUUGAUGGAAGCUUCAGAUGCCUCCCUCGUCUUUAUCAACGCAUUUGCUGAGGAGGGCGUUGACCGGUCUGGGGCGGACGACAAAUACUCCGAUGAUCUUGUUAAUAGAGUCGCAGCGACCUGCGCUAAUACAAUCGUCAUCAUCCACAAUGCCGGUAUUCGUCUAGUGGACAGAUUUGUCGAAAAUCCUAACGUCACCGCAAUUGUCUUCGCGCACCUCCCUGGCCAGGACUCAGGCCGCGCACUAGUGUCUCUGCUUUACGGCGAGGACAACUUUAGUGGCAAACUCCCCUACACUGUUGCAAAGCAUGAAUCCGACUAUCCGUCAUUCUGGCACGAUACCCCGGUCACUCCUUACGGGCUAUUCCCGCAAUCAGACUUUACUGAGGGAGCGCUCACCGACUACCGUUACUUCGAUGCUCAUGAUCUCACACCGCGGUAUGAAUUCGGCUUCGGUCUCUCAUACACAACAUUUUUGUUCUCGAACUUGAAAGUUUCUUUAGUAAAGCACGGCAUCGCUGCUUAUCCUUGCGGUGCUAUUCAGCAAGGAGGGGCGGUGGGCUUGUGGGACACUGUGGCAACUGUUACUGCGACGGUUAGGAACACUGGACGCAGAGCGGGUGCUGAAGUAGCCCAGCUUUACGUUGGCAUCCCAGGUGGUCCUGUGAAGCAACUGCGUGGGUUCGACAAGGUCCAGAUUGCGGCAGGCGGGUCCACAAAGGUUUCUUUCUCACUCACCCGCCGUGAUCUCAGCAGCUGGAAUGUUUUUGAACAGAAUUGGGAGCUACAGAGUGGAAACUAUAAGAUCUAUGUUGGUUCUUCGAGUCGGGAUCUUCCUUUGACGACUAACAUGAAGGUUGAGACACGUUCGGGUUUCUAA